AUGUCGGCUCAAAACAGUACAAACUCGUCUCCAACACGAUAUAAUCAAGGCGGCAAUCCCAACACUCAAAAGAAGAAUCAUCCCUUCAUUACCUCAGGUUUAUUCGACGUUUUGUCUCAAAUUGAAACGGAGAUCAAUGGACAAUACGGUUUUUGUGAAUGCAUGACUACCAUUGUGGUUACCAAUCGCGAUACCGAUGAACUCCUGGAAUGCGCAAUUAAAGGAGCUGCUUACAUUGGGCCGGACCUCAUCCUCAAUGAUGGAACUAUUUAUUACCUCAAGGGUCGAAUAUUAGCUCUCAAUCACGAUGAUCUACAAGUAUUUUACUACGAAGCGGAGAAUAGUAUCCCCGUCUCCCCCUCCGAGUCAUUUCGAACUGAGCUGGCUAACAAGGUCUCAGUAACUGGCCUUGGGAUAAUAUCCUCUCGAGAAGUGGAGAAUGUCAGCCCGGGCAAAGAUAACAUCAUUAUCGUAGUUGAACAUUCAGAUUUCAAUCCUGCCAUACGUGAUCAAGAUACAUUCCAAGUUGAGUAUAGAUGUAAUUGGUCCCCUUUGAUGGCCAAGUUACAAAGUCUCUUAGUUCCACGUCGCGAAGCACUUCUCACUGGCCGAAUUACGGGUUACAUCCCAUCUCGCAAUAUGUGGUCUGUCGAGGUAUCUGGCGUUAACAUUACUACUGGCCACGAAUCUGGUCAGCAGUCGUCUCUGCCAUCUACCGGCUCCUCUCUAGGCACACCAGGCGGAAGAACUCGAGGCAAAUUAUUCGUACCAGGUGGCACUGGUAAAAAGGCUGCUGCGUCACCAUCUAUCGUUGGAGACUCAAUUGGUGAAGUCGACGAAGGAAUCAGCUCAACUGGGCCAAAAGGCAAAGGGAAAGCCACUGUUACUGCUUCCACCUCCCGCGGAGCUGCAAAACGAACAAAGGUCAAUGGAUCUGAUGCGGAAUAG